CACCCGCUGGAUGCCAAUCGCUGUAUUCCUUACCGGAUCUAUACUUACAGCCGCCUUACAACUCCUCUUACCAACGGUUACAGACAACAUUAGUGCACCGGUCUUUGCAGGCAGGCUUCGCGCCGAAGCGGGGCUGGACGAGCUCCCCACGUUUACGUAGUGCAUAGUCGGAGUUUACACAGAACAUUUUCAAUUACAUAUAUAAAGCGCGCAGACAUCCACAAUAGUGUAUCCAUUCCAUCACAAGUCUACAAACCUACCUCACAUCCGCCCAUAAUCUGCACCUAGCAAGCUACACCAGCUCCACCACCCAACCGCCAAACCGCCAACCACACAACCAUGGUCAAGCUCAACAACAAAGAAGUCGGCCAAGUUGGCUUCGGCCUCAUGGGCCUCACAUGGCGCGCCGACCCGCCCUCGCAAGAGCAAGCCUUCGCCGCAAUGCGCGCCGCCGUCGACAGCGGCAUGGUCGCAUUCAACGGCGGUGAAAUCUACGGUUCUCCCGAGCGUAACUCCCUCCAGCUCCUCUCCGAAUACUUCACCAAAUACCCCGAAGACGCCGACAAAGUUGUGCUCUCCAUCAAAGGCGGCUGCAUCCCGGGCACGCACCCGAUCCCCGACGGCAGCCGCAAGAACGUGCACCGCAGCAUCGACGAGUGCCUCAGGUGGCUGGAGGGUAAGAAGUUUUUAGACCUGUUCGAGGUCGCGAGAUUGGAUCCGAAUGUGCCCGUCGAAGAGACCAUUGGUGCGAUCGCAGAAUAUGUCAAGGCGGGCAAGGUGGGAGGCAUCAGUCUGAGCGAGGUGAAUGCGAAUACGAUUAGGAAAGUGCAUGCGAUCCACCCGGUAUCGGCGGUGGAGGUCGAGUUUUCGCUCUGGAGCACCGAUAUCCUUGAGAAUGGCGUCGCGAAGACUUGCGGAGAGCUGGGCAUUCCGAUUGUCGCCUACUCGCCUCUUGGACGAGGGUUCUUGACCGGACAGUUCCAGAAGUACGAGGAUAUCCCCGAGAAUUCAAUGUUGAAGAUGAUGCCGCGCUUCCAGCCCGACGUGUUCAACGAGAACAUCAAGCUGCUGCGCGAGGUCGAGAAGAUCGCUGAGCAGAAGAAUGCGUCACCCGGCCAGGUCGCCCUCGGCUGGGUCAUCGCUCACAACGGGAAGGACGGUCUUGGUGAGAUUCUACCCAUCCCGGGAGCAACCCGAGAGUCUAGAGUCAAGGAGAACGCGGCGCCGGUCAAGCUCAGUGAUGAGGAUAUGAAAGUGAUCUCGGACAUACUGAAGAAGUUCCCCAUUCAAGGCCACCGAUACCCUGAGCAACUACAGGGACAUCUCGAGCAAUAGUGGAGGCAAAAUAGAGGUGGAAACCACGAAAAGUAAUGUUAUGAUUGUGUAGCCGUACAGG